AUGGUUCCUCCCGUCGUCGCCCCAGGUUCGCGUGUCUCUCCCUCUACUCCUCAUCAGUAUGGAACGCGCAUCCGUUCCAAUUCCACGAUCAAACCCUCCGCCCGACUUCGCCAAUCUCCAGAUGUGCCGCCACCGCCUCCAAGGCGCAUUCGGCCUGUCCCCACUCCCAAGUCUAAGGCUCCGCCCGCCGUCUCGGACGUCAUGCGUCCUGACUGGCCCCCAUUUCCACCGGAACAGGUCAUGCUACACUCAGACGACGCAAGCAGCAAGGUCUUUCUUGCUAUAGGCAGGUCAUUCAUGUCUGUCGACAAUUGCGCCAUGACCAUCAAAGACCUUGCAGAGAUGACUAUGAAGUUUGGAUUAAUGUGUCAGAACGUGUCCGCAGCGGGGCAGGCAAUCACCACGUACAUCCGUAAUCAUAUGCAACGCUGCGAAGUCCAGCAAGAUCAUCCUCUGCUUCUUCGACAUGUCCUCUCCGGUACCUCAUCUGAUGACGACCUUGUAUCCGCCCUUCAUUCUCGCACAGGUGGAGCUCAUUGUAUGCUGAAUCCAUCAGACACAAGAAUUACCAAUUUUCGGCGAGGCACUAUGGUUUGGUAUCUCAGCAAAGCUGCCGGGGCGCCAUGUCCGUUUGCUAGGGCCGGCAUUCGAUUGUCCGAUUACAGUGAUUCUGGCAAGGCUGGUGCACCAAUUCUUCAAGGAAAGGACAAGAAACGAGAGAGAGAUCGUAUGCGUCGUGCUGAGCAAUGUGGCCAGAAGCGGAAGCGUCUUCUGCGCGCCUGCGCUGACAAAGGAUCGGAUUCGGAUUCAAGCGAAGACGACCGAAGGCCACCCAAAGUGAAGCUCACAUUGCGACUCCGCCCACCAUUCGGUUCUCCUUGCGAUUCAUCAUCAGGGAUAUCUACGCAACCCGAGUCCGUACAGCCGGAGAUCAUUGACUUGUCCAGAGACGAUGGAUUUGAUUCAGAUCGCAUGUCCUCCGACUCUGAUUCUGACUUGGACUCCGAUUCUGACAGCGAUGCCAUGUCUGUGGAAUCAUCUGACGUCGAAGUGGAUUCCGCGUUGGAUUAUCCUAUUCUUGACGCUCAACCUCGCGGUCUAAUGCCUUUUCCCGCUUGCACAUCCUUUGCCGAUGGUCAACAUGUAACUGUUGAUCGACUGUCAGUAUUCCACAGCGAAUCUUCCGCGUCUCCCCCGCCGGAUUCCGAAGACGAGGAUGAACAAUCGCACACCAGCGCGAACAGUCCUUGGCGGUCUUCUAUCCAUAGCCGACUGUCUUCAGAUGACGAAGACGAGGAUAUGGACUAUGCUCAUGACUGGUUCGAUCUGGAUGGUGAUGCUGAAACACGGUGGGAGAGUCCUGGGCCUCGAUCGCCGUCAGCUCAAUUUGAAGAUGAAAUUGUGGUCAAACAAGAGCCAAGCGACGUAGGUGAAUUCCUUGACGCCUGGGACGACCUUGACAGCAAGAAUACAUGCUUGAGAGUCAUUGACGUGAUCGCUCAGGCUGCUGCAGGUUUAUCGACGGAGGUCAAGCCCAAAGUGGAAGAUUCGGACUCGUGGACUUUUCAAGGUUUGGGGGGUAUGAGCAUAGGCGAUGCAUUGAACUGCGAUAUCAUGCAUGUCAAGCAGGAGGAGAUAGAAUCUCAAGUCUCGUUCCUAGUGGAUGGCUUCAUGACACCUCCCCCAGAGUGUCCGUCUCCGACGAUAUCUAUCUCUCCCGUCGCACCAUCGCUCAUUUUGCCGGCGUCGUACACCGAUAGCAUGCUCGAGGCUUGCAGAAACAGCGACUUUGAAUGGCGCGACGCUGAGGUCCUCGGACCUGAUAGUGUUGAUGUCAAUGAUCUUGAUGAGGGUGUAUGGCAAGAUGGUUGCAGCAGGUAUUCGAAUGUGUCCCACGAGGCUUCGCCUGUUACUGAGAAUUCUGGUGUGGAUGUGAACAAUCCAGCUGUCCCUGCACACGUUCCUGUAUUACCUCCUCGUCUGGACCUAAUCUCUCCUCUCGCGCAUAUGAGUCGUCUAUCGGUCACCCCAGAUCUGCCAUCACCAUCAUUGCUUACAUCUCUCACCUCGUUGUCCCUCCGAUCUCCAACAACACUGCAGACGUCUCAAGCGGGGCCCUCGUCGUCGCCGCAAACCUUGUCAGAGGAUUCAUGCGAGCAUGUAGGCAAGGCAGAUGAAUAUGGUGUAUUGCACAUGUGCCAACCCGGUGCACAGGCUAUUACAGCUAAGCGGUUCGAAGGUAUUACCGUAUACCAGAUGUCGCUUGAAUCCUCGUUGGUUCUCAGAAGAUACGACACCGACUUCGUGAAUGUUUCUUCUCUAGUCAUAUAUCUUGGAGUGUCCAUACCGGAUGAAUCAAAUGCUGUCGUUGUAGUCAGAGGCUCCCCAAGUAUCUGCGGUACAUGGGUGUCACUGAUGACAGCGCAAGAAAUGUUCAAGGAUCGGCCGGAGCUUACCAUCUUCCUCUCGAAUCAACUUUCAGACUGUUUCCCUCAAGCCCUUCAUGGCCUUACCCAUUCGAAUCCGAUGCUCCGAUCAAGAGAUCACUUCGGACCCAACUUCCAAUCAACAGUUGAUGCCAAUCGCCACUCUUUAUCUUCUCAACGUAUCGAGCUACCGCCGUCUGACUUUGGUUGGGAUAAAGAGCAUGUAGAUGCAGAUGAGCAUCUAAUCUCUAUGCAUCCAGUAUUCGUGCUGGCUUCGGCCAUGUUGCCCACCCCCGCGAUGUCUCCGGAAGAAAUAGUCGUCGCAGAGGCCCCUUUGAGCCCAACAGAAGAGGAGAUAUUCCGUGUCCUGUGCCCAGACCGGGAUUGGGAAGAGCCUACGUCUAUAUUUGGAGGUGACAGUGCUAGGACAGCGACCAUAAACAACGAGGAGAAGGACUGGACAUCCCGGGAUCGCCCUCUACGGCGGUCAAGGCGCGUGGCAGAUGCCAUUGCAAAUCGAUCUCGCACGCGCUCAAACAAACGAGGCUCUCGCAGCUCGCAGUCCUAA